AUGGCCUUCACCGUACUACUUUCUAUGAAAGAGGUAUACACCUCGUUCCAGAUCUAUAUUGCACGAGAACCUCCGACAUCUCUUCAUAUCUAUCUAUCUAUCUAUCUAUCUAUCUAUCUAUCUAUCUAUCUAUCUAUCUAUGACAGUCUCUUCAUAUCUAUCUAUCUAUCUAUCUAUCUAUCUAUGACAGUCUACUCAUAUCUAUCUAUCUAUUUAUCUGUCUAUGACAAUCUGUUCAUAUCUAUCUAUUUAUCUAUCUAUGACAGCCUGUUCAUAUCUAUCUAUCUAUCUAUCUAUCUAUCUAUCUAUCUAUCUAUGUAUGGCAGGUUCAUAUCUAUCAAUCUAUCUAUGUCAGUUUGUUCAUAUCUAUCUAUCUAUCUAUCUAUCUAUCUAUCUAUCUAUCUAUCUAUCUGUGUUUCUUUCUCUAUCUUAGUCUGUUCAUAUCUAUCUGUGUUUCUUGUCUAUCUAUCUAUCUAUCUAUCUAUCUAUCUAUCUAUCUAUCUAUCUAUGUCAGACAGGUUAAUAUCUAUCAAUCUAUCUAUGUCAGACAGGUUCAUAUCUAUCUAUCUAUCUAUCUAUCAAUCUAUCUAUGUCAGACAGGUUCAUAUCUAUCUAUCUAUCUAUCUAUCUAUCUAUCUAUCUAUCUCAUCCCUCGAACUGACUACAUCUAUCUAUCUAUCUAUCUAUCUAUCUAUCUAUCUAUCUAUCUAUCUAUCUAUGCUUAUCUAUAUGCGCGUGUGA